UAGCGUUUCACAAAAGAUAUCGGCAUGCAUGAAGGAUAUUGCUUCACUUGAAUACACUGAACAUCGGAUCAUGAAUCAUCAUUGCUAUCGGUUGCGUAACAAAUGGCACCGCUAUAUUAAUAAGAAAAUGGUGUAAAAGUUUAGUUCGAUAGGAAUCAAUCUGUAAUGAUGAAUCCAAGAUUUCUUUUCAUUUUUGUUGUGGCUUUAUGCUGCAUUUUUCUGACUUUGGGACAAGACGUCGCAAAGUCAGAGGGAGAUGAUAAGUUUAAUAUAAAGGAUCUUAAAAAGAAAAUAAAUUUUGAUAACGAAAUGAAAUGUAUUGAACAAUAUUUCCAUUGUUUGACCAGUUCAAAUCGCACUAUAGAAAAAAUUAUUAAAGCAGAGAAGAAAUGUUGCGCAAAAACGUUAAAUGAUAGCAACGAUAUUUGGUUUGUGACAUUCCACUUUUGCUUGAGUAGGCAGACUAUCAAAGAAAUUCAGCAUUGCAUUUAUAAAACUGGAUUUAGAUGCAGAAUUUUAGAUUAUUUGAGAAAAAUAUUCCCCAACUCUUUACAAUUUGAGAAAGAUAUGAUGGAUAGAAUAGAUCCCCGACCAAAAACUGCUGAGGAAUGUUAUGAUUCUUUUCUACAGUCGUAUGGUAAAGCUUUCAAAGAACAAUGUAAAGUUAACACUGAUAAAAAUUUGGACCCGAUGUGUAAGGCAAGCAGGGUACACUAAGAAGAGAAAUCAGCAUAUACAUAUCAUAAAUUUAUAUUCUAUAAAUUAAUAUUUCAUUUAAUUUUUAAAUAUAAAAUAAUGACAAUUCUUAAUCUGUAAUUAAAAUUA